AGCAUAGCAUUGUUAGCUUCUCCUGAUAAACUAAUUGUCUCACAUUGUCACUGCAGAUUGACACCUAUUAAUGGGUCUCACCUCCCAACUGCUUCCCGCUCUGUUCUUCCUGUUAGCAUGGGCCGGCAACUUUGUCCAUGGACACAACUGCGAUAUCGCCUUAGAGGAGAUCAUCAAAACUUUGAACAUUGUCACAGAGCAAAAGACUCUGUGCACCAAGUUGACCAUAAUGGACAUCUUUGCUGCCUCCAAGAACACAACUGAGAAGGAAACCUUCUGCAGGGCUGCGACUGUGCUCCGGCAGUUCUACAGCCACCAUGAGAAGGACACUCACUGCCUGGGUGCAACUGCACAGCAGUUACACAGUCACAAGCAGCUGAUCCGAUCCCUAAAACGGCUGGACAGGAACCUCUGCAGCCUGGCGGGCUUGAACUCCUGUCCUGUGAAGGAAGCCGACCAGACUAUGUUGAAAGACUUCUUGGAAAGGCUAAAGAUGAUCAUGAAAGAGAUAUAUUCAAAGUGUUGAAGCUGAACAU